UAUGCAAUAAAAGAAUUCAAUAUAAAUACAUGUUGAAGACACUAAUGCAGAAGCUACUGCGGCAAAAAUGUAAUAAAAGUCAAUAUAAUAGUUCUGCAAUUAAGCACAAAUACUUCUAAGAUGAAUUUUCUGAGGAAUUCGUAAAAGGCUCAUCUAAAAAAGAUGUCCUAAUCCACAGAGGUUACUGGUGCAGAUUUAAUAUUUUUCAUAGAAUAGUUUCAACCUAUAUCAGCAAAUAAUAAAAAUGCAAUAUAAUAUCAUUGGGAUCUGGUUACGAUACUCUUCCAUUUAUAAUGUGGUAAACCUAUCAGAAUAAUGAAUUUACAUAUGUUGAAGUAGAUUUACCUGUUGUAGUUGAUCGAAAAAUAAAGAAGCUUAAAGAAUCAAAUAAAUUGAAAACAUUAUUGGGAGAAUAUAUUAUAUCUUAAAAUAAAUUAUCUGUAAAAUCAUUAAAUAAGAAUUAUUUAUUAUUUGGAGAAGAUUUAUGUAAUACUGAGCAAUUAUAUUAAUAAUUAAAAUCAAUCGAUUUUACUAUUCCAACCUUAGUUUAUGCAGAAUGCGUAUUAACAUAUAUCAACAGUGAGGCUACAAAUAGAUUAUUGGAUGGAUUAAUAAAAUGGUUUCCACACCUAACAUUUUUGAAUUAUGAAAUGUUUAAUCCAAAUGAUCAAUUUGGUAAAAUGAUGGUACGAAAUUUUGAAGUAAAUAUAUCUUUAAUUUUAAGUACAGAGGAUGUCCAUUAGUUGGAAUUGAUGCAUUCCCCUCUUUAUAGGCUCAUAAAGAUAGAUUAAAUUAAUGGUUUAAUUAUGUUGAAAUUUACGAUAUGAAAACGUUGUAUCAAAUCGCUACAGAUUCUGAAGAAAGAAAAAGAAUAGAAAAAUUAGAAUUAAUGGACGAAUGGGAAGAAUGGAAUAUUAUGUAAAGUCAUUAUUUAGUAUCCCUUGCUAAUAAAGAUCAAGCUGAAUUAAUUGUAAACUUAAAAGUAUGAUU